CGAACACUACUCACCACCACGCGCUUCAGCAAAACUCCAACAACCACACGAACCCAACACCAGCUCUUCUCCCGCCUUUUCACCACCACAACCACCAAAAUGGGUGUCCACAACAUCACCACCCAAGCCGAGUGGGACUCCGCCAUGUGCGAGGAGGGCGUCGCCGUCGUCGACUUCUUCGCGACUUGGUGUGGUCCUUGCAAGGUCAUUGCGCCGCAGGUCGUCAAAUUCUCCGACCAAUACUCCUCCGCCCGCUUCUACAAAGUCGACGUGGACGAAGUCCCCGAAGUGGCGCAGCUCGUCGGCGUGCGCGCCAUGCCCACGUUCAUGGUGUACAAGAACGGCGAGAAGGUGCAGGAGGUCGUGGGCGCCAACCCGAAGGCGCUGGAGACGGCGAUUAGCACCCACUGCGCCGCAUAGAUGGAUGACGGUUUGCUGGGGUGGAUAAGAUUUCGCGAUGGAGAAGGGGAAUACAAUGGGAGCUACACCGAUCGCGUGGCGAGGAGAAUUCAUGAGGAUAUGAUAUUGCGCGCGCGAUAGGGCGGAUAGAUUGAAAUAUAGGCAUGCAAUGCUGAGUCGUCUGUGCUCUUACG